AUGGCUUGGGCAGUCCCGGGGGUCACUCCAAGCUCUUCCACCUACGUCGCUCACGUGGCUCCAUCUCUGCCCCCGAGUGCCGUGAGCACCACGCGCAACGUCCUCGCGCUGGAUGUGGAUGAAGUGCUUUGCCGUUGUGCUGAGGCCUUCGUGCAGUGGCAGUUUGGCCAGGCUCCCGGGGAUCUGGUCGAAUGCUUCCAGCGCUGCUACUCCUCCGAUGCUUCUGCGGCAAGGGAGCAAUUCCUCAGCUCUGACUUCGCGACCUUGGCGGAACCUGUGCACGGGUGCCCCGAGGCGCUGCAGCAGCUCAAAGCUUUGGGUUGGGAGCUUCACGCGGUGACAUCGCGUCCAGCCAGUGCCAAGGCGAGCACGGAGCGCUUCUUGGCCCAGCGGUUCCCUGGGCUCAUCAGCGGCCUGCACUUCACCUCCUCUGCCCGGGAAGGACCCUCGAAGGGUCAACUCUGCUCUGCUUUGGGUGCCCGGGCGCUGGUAGACGACCAGCUGCCCAACGUCUACGAUGCCGUGGCACACGGGGUCUCCGCUGUGGUUUUGGAUCUGCAAGGCAGCUACGCCUGGAACCACAGCGGAACGCUGCCCGACGGCGCCACGCGCGCCCGGUCCUGGGCCGAGGUGCUCGCCUACCUGACUAGCCCACCCGCAACAUCUGCCAAUGCGGGCUACACACCGCGAGGGGCUCCGAGCCCGCCGGCAUCAACAGCUUCUGCGUACCUCCCACGGUCACAGCCCGAUGCCGGCUCGGUGCCCAGCUCACAAGCUGCAGCAUACAUGCCCCAGACGAUGCAGAAGGCGCUCCCGGAGCUGCCGGAUCACAGCCGCUUGGCCGCUCCGCAGCCGGAAGCCCCGGGGAUGCCGGCGACGCAGUGUAUGCGGGCGCAGAGCCCUCCACUAGAAGCCACUCCGGGCGAAGUGCGCCAGGUGACCUUCGCUCCACGCCAACCCCUGGGCAUCUAUGUGGCGGACGUCACGCAUGGCCGGGUAACGGAGGUCUUCGAGGGCCAGGCCAAGGACUUGGGGGUGGAUCCGUACUUCAUGAUCCUGUCCAUCGACGGGCAGCCGUACAGUGAAGCGCUGUUGGAGCAGAAGAAGAGCGGCAACGCACCCUACUCGAUGAUGAUCCGCCAUGUCGCACCUCCGGAUGCCGAGAUCGCCCUGGAGUGUGCCAAGGUGGUGGGUCAAGACGUCUCCGUCUUGCCCAUGGAGGUGAGGCGGCUGGAGCUGGUAUUGACGAAUGGCGAGCCUGUCAACAUCGGGCGCUCUCACCAGGCAGAGUUCUUCCAGAGGCUCCUGCCAGACGAGGAGUUGCGGAAGUGCAUCUCCCGCAACCACUUCAGCCUUUCCUGGGCCGGCGCCCUGCAGUUCACCCGGCUGUCGGUGAACUCCAUCUUCGUCAACCAGAUCUUUGCACCGGUGAACGGCACCAUGUUUAUGCCACCCGGUGCGAUGCUUUACCUCUGCAGCAAUACGGACGAUGCCUUCAAGGCGCACGCGCGGAAGCAGCGAGCUCCCUGCGCGAACCCGCUCGAGAUGAUGUCGUUCAUGGAGGAGGAGAUCGAGGAGCAAGUGCCGGUGGCAGUUUUCCGGGUGCUGAUGAUCAAGGUGGCAGGAAAGGCUGAGGAGCCGCCGAAAGCUGCCUUUGCGGGGGGCAAGAUGAUGGCAGCUGCAUCUGUGUCACGUGGACGUGACGGGAUACCAGCAUGGGACGGGACCCCGUCCAGUUUUGAGGAGUAUUCUGAGCAGUGUUUGAUCUAUGAGCAGAGCACCCCGACAUACAAGCGCUACUUGGUGGGACCCAAGCUGAUUGGGGAGCUGUCUGGCGCAGCCAAGCGGCUGAUAGCAGGCCAACCGGCCACCUGGCUAUCCCAUGAUGAGGGAGUGAACACCCUGCUGCGUCACCUCAGGGCUUGCCUGGGACGUCCUCAGAUUCCAGAACUGACAGAACAUUUGAAUCGCUACUUCCGCCAAGGACGGCGCAAGCCACAGGAGUCGAUGAAUGAGUACAUCUCCAGGAAGUGCGAAGUGUAUCUGAGGGCAUGCCAGGCCAUGCAGCGUGUGGCACCCUAUCAUAAGGACUCCGCCAAGGCCACCAACCAGGCCACGACGACUCCGCGGACCUGGUCUCAAGGUGGCUACGGGGGAUAUGCUGGGACAGGCUGGUCGUGGGGCGGCUACCCGGGCGGCUACGGCUAUCAGGACUGGCAGGAUCACCAGGCCUGGAACACAGCGAGUCGCCGGAACAGCACGGACACCAAUGCCUCCGAUCGGGGAAGUGAGGCAGAGGCUCCCGCAGCCACACAGGCAGCGGCACCCGUGCCAUCAGCGGCCACCACCAAUACCGAUGAUGAUGCCAGCGAACGCAGUGAUCACAGCUGGCAGCAACGAGAGUGGUGGCACUGGCAAUGGGCACCAUCGUGGGGAAACAGCUCGCGCACAACCACUCAGGCAGCGGCUCUACCUGAGUUGCUGCCCGAGUUCAUACAAGGGUGGUAUCUUCUUCAAGAUGCCGGGUUGACCCCGGCAGAACGGAACCUCAUCCAGACCGCGGUGCAGAACGACUUCUUGCUGCAGCGAGUGGCGCAGGAACUUCGUUCACAAUUUCAUGACAUUGAUCAGCACCGUCGGGACCACCGCCCGACAAGUUAUCUCGGCACCGUGGACGAGGAGGAUGAGCUUGAGGAGGAGGGCGCAGCGGACGAUGGCUUCGCGGCUGAGGACCUGGACCCCGAGGACCUGGCGAUGUGGACGGAGGCCGCGCAGGACAUUGAGCAAGCCUGCGCAAUCAUUCAGAAUGCAAGGCGUACGCUCAAGGAAGCGAGGGCCAAGCAAUCGGCAGUACGCCUGGCCAGGAAAUACUACAAGCCGGGAACCUACCAGAAGCCACGUGACGACUCACAGAUGAUCUGUCUGAAGUGUGGAGUAAAAGGGCACCGGGCAGCGAACUGCACAGACAGUUCGAAGAGUGCCUCCUCAGGUGCGACCCAAUCCGCACCGUUCGUAUGCUUCUCCGAUCAGGCACUCGCCACCGGCGAGACCGAGGAGCAGGCCCUGCUGAGCACGCGUGAAGCAGUGAAGAGUGGAUACGCGGUGAUUGAUGGCGGUGCCACAAGAACCUUAGGAAGUGUAGCCGCGAUCCAGAACGUGAUGGAUAUCAAUGCCCAGAAGUAUGGGGAAUCAAGGGUGCUAUCGGUGGACCUGGCAAACCAGCCAGUUUUCGGCUUUGGCAACUCAACGGAAAACCGUUGUGCAAGCACGGUGGAGCUGGGCAUCAGCGCCGGCGAUCGGGCCGGCCAGCUCACCAUCCACGCCCUUGAUCGUGGGGACAGCCCAAUCCUGUUAUCAGUGGCGUCAUUGCGCUCUUUGGGCGCAAUCAUAGACUUCUCGGAGGACCUGGUUUGCUUCCGACAUGUGGACCCAGGUCGUAUCCUCUCCGUGGAGCGAUCCACGACAGGCCACCAGCUGCUUCCCCUGACGGAGAACCUCUACAAGAAUGCCAAGCCGACAAAUCGAACCGUGGACUUGAGAGCCGCCGUCUCUCAAACGAGGGCCCAUCGAACAAGUCAGCAGGAGCUCGGAGGCGUGUCUCGUUUCUCAGCUCACAUCAUGGCGAUCCAGAAGAUGAAGAAGGCCGAGCUGCAGAGCAAGCUCCGGGAGUUGGGCGAGGAACCGCCCAUCAAGUGGACCAACAAAGAGCUGGCCCAACGGAUCCUGGAGCUCGAGCCGUCUUUGGGGGAGAAGAAGGGCAAGCAGCGCACCGAUCUCCAGGCGAAGAUCAAGGAUCUGGGAGUGGCAGCGCGCAAGAAGAGCACGCUGACCACGUUCUGCAAAGAGAUCGGGGUGGACCUCAGUGUGAACCACAACAUGUGGUCCAUGGAACAGGCAGCCCUUCGCCGCCUGUACGACAUCAGCACGCCUGCAGCCGACGAUGUUGUGGGUUUCGGCCAGCACAGCGCCCUGCUGUACCGCGACAUCCUGGUGCUCCACCCGACUUACAAGGAUUGGGUGAUGAAGACAGCGGCGAGCACAACCUCGACGUCGGACUAUCGCCUCCUUCGCCUCGCGACCUGGUUGGAGCAGCAGACCAACGAGGAGAUCGAGCUGUACAAAAGCCAGGAGCAGCCCAAGAAGGCAGUUCCCAAGGCCAAGGGAUACGCUGGCCCGGCAGCCAGUUCAUCAACAGAGGUGCCGAUGGAGCUCCUCCAGAGCAUGAUGCAAUCCCUGCAGAGCCUACAGCAGGAGGUGAUGGAGAUGCGCGCAGAGCGGCCACGCAAGGAGGUGCGCGGCAAGAAUGCGGAGACCAAGCCGAUCGAGCCGGAGACAGGUCAGUACCUCAGUAAGGAAUCUGCCUCCCACUUAGAAAACAAGGCCUGGACCCUAGUUCCUCAGAUCUUUCAGGACCUGGUUUCUCAGUCUCGGCCCAUGCUCCUAGAAGUGACCGGCCCCACUGAGGGCCAGUUAGCACGUACAGUACAAGACGAGAUGGGACAGGCCAAUGCGGCCAUCCAGUGCGGAGACUGGAAUGGUCAUGAUCUCAGCACGGACGCUGGAGUCCGCAGUCUUUUGGAAAAGAUUGCCACGCUACAGAAGGGAUGGAAGCUCCUUACGACGCACCAGCGGCUGGCCGAGCUGCUACACGCGCCCUGUGCGUGCCACAAGGGCUACCGACAUGCUGCCGUGAGCACGGCCAUCGGGGACCCCGACGACGACACAGGAGACGACGACACCGCGUUGUAUUGUCAAGCCGAACUGGAGCAAGCCGAAGCCUGUGCGGAACGGCUGCUUGAAGCGAGAGACUUUAGCUACAAGGGUUGUGAGGAGUUAGUGCGACACCUCCCACAGCACAACACAGCCCAGAGGCCUAUGGUAAAGGCUCCCGAGGACCCCAGGAAGCUCCGUGGCUACUUUACUUUCGGGCUGUACUCGUACGGUAGCUUUUCUGGUGUCACCCGCAACACGUACCGUAUGGCGAAGUGUCACAAGUACUUUAGUCGUUUUCUCCAACAACAACUGCCCAGGGAACAAAAGUUUACGUCGUAUGUGAUAAGCAGGAACAUGCAGAUGCCCUUCCAUAAGGACAACCACAAUGACGAUGCCUACCCAAACUGCGUUCUAGGCCUAGGCAACUACACCGGAGGCCGACUGUGGGUAGAGCAUCUAGGAACGGAACCGGUCACCAAACCUGUCAACAAGGUGACGCCAGAUGGUCAAGAACGAAUUGGCCAGUGCUGGAACACCAAGCACCAGAUGGUGCACUUCCCACCCAAGGCCUGGCAUGGGGCCGAAGUGUGGCAAGGAGAGCGGUUUGUGGUAUCGUGCUAUGUGAGCAGGGCACACCGGAGCAUGAGCGAGCAGAGUCGACGUCAGCUUGUUCAGGGAGGGUUCAGGGUGCCACCUAGGAUCCCGAGUAGGCCCCAGAUCCUGGCCGCCAGUGAACAGCCCCUGAGCAAACAGGAGCGGGAGAGAGUGAAGAAACAACUGUAUUUACUGCACGCUGCGACUGGUCAUGGUAGCAACCGUAGCUUAAUCGAGGCCCUCCGAAGGCGCAAGGUGCACCCCGAGGUUCUCGAAUUGGCCCAGAGUUUCCAGUGCCCCGUGUGUCAAGAACGUAGGAAGGUCCAACCACGACACCUUGCCUCCCUGGAACCCCUUCCCCCAAAGUGGCAGUGCAUUAGUGCGGACAUAGGGCAUUUUUACAAUUCUGAGCGGAAGGAACAUGUCCAGUUUAUGAUGAUCGUGGAUGAGGGAUCAAGAUUUCGAGCUGCUCGAGUGCUCACAUCUGGGCUGAAACAACAGCCCUCAGCAGCAGCAUGUCUAGAGUACUUACGCGAUGGAUGGAUACCCUACUUUGGAAGUCCACAGACCAUACGCCUGGACCCAGCAGGCGCCUUCCGGGGAUCCGCACUAGAAGAUUUUUGCGAUCGCCACCAGGUGUAUCUGGAUGUGAUUCCAGGCGAGGCCCAUUGGAAGUUGAGUGCAGUGGAGCAAGCAAUUCAGGGUGUUAAGACUUUGAUGGGCAAACUGGUGGCAGAAGAUCCAGAGCUUGAGACGCGAGAGGCGCUAGCAACGGCAGUUCGAACAUUCAACCAACGAGAAAUCAUUCGAGGGUUUUCCCCAGUACAACACGCUCUGGGCCAGAGCCCCGAUGCUUCAGGACGAUUAGACUUCUCAGGCAAGGCAGUGCCGCCAGAGCUGUUAAUCGAGAACCCCAACGGCGAGUUCAGUCGCAACGUAGAGCGUCAGCGCGUGGCUGAACAAGCCUUAGCAGACUGGCAGGCGCAGCAGCGACUGUCAAGGGCUCAGAGUUCUCGAGGACGCAGGGUGCUGAACUUCACUCCAGGGGAGCUCGUGUUCUUUUGGAGAUCACAGGUGAGCGGGCAGUCCCGCAAGCAACCGGGGGACAAGAAGGGACAGUUCCUCGGGCCCGCCAGGAUCCUGGCGACAGAGACAAAGCGGAACGAGGACGGCACCUUGCAACCCAGUUCGUCAGUGUGGCUGGUCAGAGGGCGCAGCUUGAUUAAGUGUGCGGCAGAACAAAUCCGCCGCGCGUCCAGCCGCGAGGAGCUCAUUGAGUCGCUGGACCAAGACAAUCAAGUGCCCUGGACGUUCACACGAGUCGCUGAGGAGAUCGGCGGAAACCGCUAUCAAGAUGUGACGGAAGCAGUUCCUGAGGAAGAGUGGGUUCGAGCACAGGAUGUUGAACAAGUCGAACCCCCAGUGCGACGGAGGCUGGGACACAAGCGGCCCUUGGAGCAGGCCACAAGCCACAGGCCUGUGGCACAGGCUGCGGCAGGAUCGCAGCCCUCUUCCUCAGUUCGCGCACGGCCCUAUCCUCCCACGAGUUCGGAGAAGGGUCACCAGUGGUGGUCAGAAGUACAGGACGCCAUGUGGGGCGAUGAGGUGAGCUACUGGUCCGACGAGGCGGCAGCGGUGAGUGUGGAACUGGAACUGCCGACGGGCCCAAAGCAGCUACAACAGGCGUGCCGAGACCUGCCCACUUACUUCGUCGGUUGCAUGAAGCGGCGAGCCAUAGAAGUCAGCGAGAAGCGGAUGUCCGAUGAGGAGCGCAAGCUCUUCCGGGAGGCAAAAAUGAUUGAGGUGAAGAACUUCGUGGCGGCAAAGGCGUUCGAGACAUUGCCGGAGGCCCUUAAACCACCCAAGGAGGUUGCAGUGGGUAUGAGAUGGAUCUUGACUUGGAAAGUGAAGGAGGACGGAACCUCCAAGCCGAAGGCCAGGGCGGUCCUGCUUGGGUAUCAAGACCCGUCGUAUGAACACCGUGCCACAACGGCACCGGUCAUGACGCGGCAGACGCGUCAACUGGUGUUACAGGUCGCAGCCAACAAAGGCUGGUCCGUCGCCAAGGGCGACGUCUCUGGAGCAUUCUUACAAGGCCGGGAGUAUCCAGACAAGCUUUACUGCAUACCUUGCCCUGAGAUUUGUGAAGCACUUCAGAUCCCAGCAGACUCGGUCACACGCUUGCGUCGCGCAUGCUACGGCUUGGUGGACGCGCCACUGGAGUGGUAUAAAACAGUAGAUGAGUUUUUGACCGAGCAAGGCUUGGAACGAUUGUGGUCAGAUGCUUGUUGUUGGGUCUUGAGAGACAAUGGCCAGGUGGUAGGCCUGAUAUCAGGCCAUGUAGAUGAUUUUCUGUUUACUGGUUGCGAGAGGAAUGAAAAGUGGAAGCGAGUCAUUGAGGCCAUUCAGAAGCGCUUUAAAUGGGGAGACUGGGACCGGGACGAGUUCGUCCAAUGUGGGGUGCAAAUCAAACGAGUGAGCGAUGGCUUUGAAUUGACCCAGCAAAUUGGGCCACACCUGAGUGCUGAGGUCAGCUUACUCUUGUCUGAGGUGUCUCAGAGUCAGGUCUCCACGAUCGGCAAGACCAAUGCGUGUCUCAGACGAGCGCGGGCCCACAAGGCACAUGCAAUGAAGAUUCACGCCUUCACACAAGGCGAAGAGCUUGGCAUGUUUGGAUGGGUUGAUGCUGGGAACCAGAAUAGGGUUGAUGGUUAUAGUACCCAGGGAAUCUUCGUAGGCCUGGCACCAGUGACGAUGCUUCAAGGUGCACUGUGUCGCGUCACACCAGUGACGUGGCACAGUAAUCGCAUCGACCGCGCUUGCCGGUCUCCUGGGGCCUCUGAGGCCCAAGCGGCGGUGAACGGAGAGGACGCUCUGUUCUUUGCCCGCUACCAAUGGUACGAGAUUAUGCAUGGCUGUGUAGAUGCAAGGGCCCCAGCUCAGGCGGUGCGCCAGAUUCCUGGUUGUCUCAUCACAGACAGCCGGAAUGUUUAUGAUCGCUUAAACACUGCUGUACUUAGCAUCAAGGGCGCUGAGAAGCGGACGAACAUUGAGCUGAUUGCACUUAAAGAGAGUCAGGAGCAGACCGGACUCAUCAUGCGAUGGGUCCACUCCGAGGCCCAACUUGCAAAUGCUUUGACAAAGGCAUCUACGUGUCGAGAGCUGGAGUUAUACUACGGCAUGAAUCACUCGUGGAAGAUCGUCGAAGACCCCCAAAUGCAGUCGGCCCGACGGCGAAAGGCUCAGGGCAAGGAACCUCUGUCAUCUAAUUAG